CGUAAUGGAAAUUCAUUGCUGUAGCUAUGGUAAAGCGAGUUUUCUGCCUGUGCUGAAUGCAUUAGUCUAAUGAGAUGUUUGCAGCCGGAGAGCAGGGCUGCUGGAGACUAACUGUGAGCUACUAACACACGGGUGGAAGAUUAGCUUUUGCAAUACUCGGUUUGCAUGUACUGAAAGUCUUCUGUCUUCUGAGUCAACAUUAUCGGCCUGGUAAAGAACCUGAUCAGGGCUCUGGCGAACAAGCCGUAGGUAAGGGAGCUGCACGAUCGGAGGGUGUGCCGUGGACACAGGGUCCUUCUCUGUCUACUGUCAGCAUGCCAGGCUACCCGUUUCAGUUUUUCUGGGUUGCAUGCCUACCUCUAGGGCACUGCUUGAACGUCCUGCACAACAACCACUGAGGGCGGCAGCACCUCUCCUGCCCGUGAGCGAUUUGUCACUUCCUUCUGUAAGACUGGCACCGGCAGACAUGCAGUCUCAGAGGAUCCCGGGGAGAAAGCGAGGCCGACCCCCACUGCACUCGACACCCGUGAAGAUGGCAGUUCAUAAUCUUUAUUCCGCUUCAGCUGGUUCUUUACCAGCAGUGAAGAUGCCAAAGAAAAGAGGGCGGAAACCCGGGUACAAGCUCAAGUCUCGGGUUCUCAUGACUCCUUUGGCCCUCUCCCCUCCGCGGAGUACGCCGGAGCCCGACCUCAGCUCCAUCCCGCAAGACGCAGCCACGGUCCCCAGCUUGGCAGUCCCACAGGCUCUCACAGUCUGCCUCUACAUCAACAAGCACGCCAACGCAGGGCCCUACCUGGAGCGGCGGAAGCUGCAGGCGCUGCCCGAGCACUUCGGGCCCGAGAGGCCGUCGGCCGUCCUGCAGCAGGCCGUGCAAGCCUGCAUCGACUGUGCCCACCAGCAGAAGCUGGUCUUCUCCCUGGUCAAGCAGGGCUACGGUGGCGAGAUGGUCUCGGUCUCCGCAUCCUUCGAUGGGAAGCAGCACCUGCGGAGUCUGCCCGUGGUGAACAGCGUCGGGUACGUCCUCCGCUUCCUCGCCAAGCUGUGCCGAAGCCUCCUGUGCGAUGACCUCUUCAGCCACCAGCCCUUCCCCAGGGGCUCCAGUGCCUGUGAGGGGGCCCAGGAGAACCAGGAAGGCAGGAUGGAGUCAGCCAAAACAUUCACCACCGCAGAGUGCCGCCUGGUGAGCCCUGUGGGCAUGAACCGCUACAGCCUGGACCCCUCCGCCUCCGCCUUUAGCCACAGGGGCUCCUUGCCCGCCUCCUCCUCGCUGUACUGCAAGCGGCAGAACUCUGGAGACGGCCACCUUGGGGGAGGCCCAGCCACCACCGCCGGGGGCCCCCGCAGCAGCCCCAUGUCCUCCGGAGGCCCCUCGGCACCCGGGCCGAGACCCCCAGGCUCCAGCCCUAAGAGAAAUGGGCCCUCUCUGGAAGGAAACAGAUGUGCCUCAAGCCCUUCUCCAGAUGGGCAGGACGGCAGGCGACCGAGGAGCAGGAACCCGUCCACCUGGACCGUGGAGGAUGUGGUCUGGUUUGUGAAAGACGCUGACCCGCAGGCCCUGGGGCCCCACGUGGAGCUCUUCAGAAAGCAUGAGAUUGAUGGCAAUGCUCUCUUGUUGCUGAAGAGUGACAUGAUUAUGAAAUACCUGGGCCUGAAGCUGGGACCUGCACUGAAACUCUGCUACCACAUCGACAAGCUGAAGCAGGCCAAGUUCUGAGCUUUUAGAAGACAGGAGCGGACCCUGACAGCAGCCUUGAGCCCGUCCCCUGCCUUACCAACAUCCGGCCACCAUCACAACACAGACUCUGCGCUAAGAACAACAGGCACAACGAUGUGGUCUUUUUACAAAAUGCUCCGCCUUUGCAAAAAUUCAACCCAGCCUAUUUGAAAGCCUCUUUUGUGUCAAUAAUUUGCCACACACAAAAAAAAAUUACAAAAUGCCUAUUAUUUGUAAUAUUCCUGAUGGGUUGGUUGCUCUGAGAGUGGGUCCCAUUUUUACAGUGGACUGGGGAACUGAAUGCUGUCGCCCAAGGAGAACCCUGGAGGGUUCCAGGAAUGUGAGAAGGAGAACCUUUGCCUCUGCAGGCCUUGCUGCCACGCCCACAACAGCACCCCCUGUCUUUGACCUGGGGACCUGUCAUUGUGAGCCUUGCCUGAUUCAGCUUUGGACGCUGUCUUUGAGGAUAAAUGCCUCACCUUGCACUAUCUGGAAAACUUGAAUUCUUUUGCUCUCUGAAAGAGAAGAAAAAAAUCUUUUCUAUUCCUAGUUAUCUGAAGUACUGUGUUAUCCCACUAGAGGGCAGACUGCUAAUGAAAUUUCCAGACCCUCACUGCUGUAGCCUGGUAAUUCACGACUCAGUGGAUGGGUUAGGGUUUCUGUGAACAGGAUCUAGCCUACACAGACACAGAGGAUUCAUUCCAAGGUCAGCACCACACGUUGCAACUUGGGAAGACCUAAUUAUCUCCCAAAGGUAAUUGGAAAGAAACUGUCUUCUAGAACGUUCUAGUCCAUAUCCAAUCAUCAUUACUGACUGAGAUGCACAAGAAGCAAAGGCAAGAAUUGGAAGUACGUUCUGCCCAGAUGGGGCUUUGGAGUUUCUUCCCUUCCAGAAUCCUUACUGAGGUGUUGAUAUGUUGGCACGCUGAAGAGUCUUAGUGACAUUUAGCCAUGGGUGUUUCUUUAAAAAAGGAAGAAAGAUGUCUCAACUAAGCUUUGAAAUAGGAGAGUGUUGAUUUCUAGUUACAUUGCUGGGUUAUGUAGUUGUAUCUGUGGCUAAUUUUUAUAGUCCUCGACAAAUACACAGACAUGCUAUUAUUGGGUUUAAUUCAAUUUACAAAUAGGUUUUCCUUCCUCACUGUGGAGUAAUAGAAAAAAAUUGAUUUUCUACCCCUUUGCAGCUGUGUCCAGGGAAGGACAGUGCAUCCACAAUUUACUAGGCAGAAGGACAACUUUGUCUUCAUUCUUCCUUUUAUUCCUCUCCUUCCUCUCUUCCCCCCUCUCGUUUUUUCCUUCCGCUUUCACAGAACCGAAAACACAUCUUUAGAAUGAAUCCACCUUUGCCAUGGGCAUACCCACUUCCUUAAAAAACAUCCAUAGUGGGAGGUGAGGAGAUGAAGACCAGACUUUGCCAUCAGAAGGGUGAGGAUCUAAAAGAGUCUCAGGGCUUCCCUUGGCCCAAAUACAAAUUGGAAAAGGCGCACCCACCUCCUGGAGGGACCCUGAGCUGGGGUCUCGUCUGGAGAGCGGGACAGAGUGGAAUUCAAGCUCCCUCAGCCCUCAGCCAGGCGCCCUUGUACAGGACAUGGCCUGUACAAACCUGAGGGAAGCCUUCGUAGAUUUGCAGACUGAUCCUCUAUACGUCAGUCACAGCUUAGAUGCAGAGCAUGAGGAAUACUCCGCGCCAUGCUGUGCGAACCCCAGAAACCCCACAACAGCCCAUAUUCCUCUCUCUGUUUCUGCGCCACACUCUGAAACCCCUGGUGGCUAGUCCGUCAACACAUACCUCACUUAGGGACUUUCACAAUUUCCUGCCCAUCCUCGCUAGCGGUCCCCUCACUAUAAAACACGAGCCUUGUGCCCCCAAAUUAAAACCAUCCCCAAACAAUGUCACAGAGAUACUCUGAGCAGUUUUCAGGGGAGAGAGAUGUUCCCGUCCCAAGUCUAGGAGAAAACUGGAUCCGAGUGCGCGUGAAACCGCUCUCACAGAGGUGCUAUUCAUUUCGCAUUAAACUGGAAGCAGGACAGAUUGCUGAAGCCAUGAUAUUUACGGUUUGACUUUUUAAAAAUCUCAUUACUCUUAAAACGAAUGCUGCAGAAUCAGAGAAUAGCCUGGGAGGAAAUUCUUCCUUGCCUGUUUUUGCACUGGAAUGCAAUUAGCCGAGCAAAUUAUUGUAGUAGUAUUGCAAUAAUAAUUAAUUUUCACCCCUUUCAAAAAUCUUGUCAAACCCGGCAGCUAAAUAGCUUAGCAAAUGUAAAACAUGCCAGGCCAUUUCAUCUAAACAGACCUUCAACAGUCAGGCCAUGUGUCACUCUUGUCUAAAUGUGAGCUUAUUUGGGGCCCCACACUUGUACAGAUACGGUAGUUGUUAUUCCACUGUCGUAGGUUUGCUUCAGGUUGUAGCAAAUAAUGCUAUAGUUUUGCCUGCUUCCUAAUUAGAGACAGUGUGUGCGUGUGUGUGUGUGUGUGUGUGUUCAUGUUCCAAAUAUUUUCAAUUAUACUUUUCUAUUAAACACUUUUUCCAAAAU